AUGGCGCAGCUAUUCUCCUCGUGCACUAGGGCGGUGGCCUCGCGCACCGUGGCUCCUUCGAGCCUGUCGCAGUCGAUUCGCUUCGCCUCGACCAAGGCGCAGGCGCCGUCGAAGCUGACGUCGCGUACGUCGGCGAUUGCCGCUACUGCCGUGGCUGUGGGCUCGGUGGUUCUGUACCAACAGGUGUACGGCGAGCUUCCGUUUGUGGACUCGCUGAGCGCGAACAGCUUGGCUGACGAGGGUCUGCACCCUCCUGCGUACCCGUGGCGCCAGAACGGCUGGUUCAACACGUUUGACCAUGCCGCUAUCCGCCGUGGUUUCCAGGUUUACCAGGAGGUGUGCAGCACCUGCCACUCGUUGGAACUCAUUGCUUGGCGUAACCUGGUCGGUGUCUCGCACACUGUCGAUGAGGCGAAGGCUAUGGCGCAGGACAUUGAGUACGAGGAUGGCCCGAACGAUGACGGUGAGAUGUUCCAGCGCCCCGGUAAGCUUGCUGACUACCUCCCCAAGCCCUACCCGAAUGAGGAGGCUGCGCGUGCCGGUAACGCUGGUGCUCUCCCGCCGGAUCUGUCGCUCAUUGUGAAGGCUCGUCACGGUGGUGCCGACUACAUCUUCUCGCUGCUCACUGGUUACUGCGACCCGCCUGCGGGUGUGCAGAUGCAGGAGGGCCUGAACUACAACCCCUUCUUCCCGGGUACGCAGAUUGCUAUGGCUCGUCUGCUGUUCGACGGCCUCGUGGAGUACGAGGACGGUACCCCGGCGACGACCAGCCAGAUGGCCAAGGAUGUGGUCACUUUCUUGCACUGGGCUGCUGAGCCCGAGCACGACCAGCGGAAGCGUGCUGGUUUCAAGGCCCUGAUCCUCCUUUCGUCGCUCUUCGCCCUGUCGAUCUGGGCUAAGCGCUUCAAGUGGGCCCCGAUCAUGUCGCGUAAGAUUGUGUAUGACCCCCCGAAGGGCCACCACUAA